CGUAAGGUCCAGCCUUGCGGAGAGAGCGCAACAAACAUGGCGACAGAGCGGAGCGGACAGGGGUAUCUUCUAACUUUCAUCGUGUUCCUCUGGAGCUCUGUCGGCGGGCGGACGGAGACGGCGAGCCCCGGCUCCAGCAGUCAGAUCCUGGGCAUGCGGCUGGAGAGGAGCGACAAAGCGGCCAGCACGACGGAGGACGGGCUCAUCCAGGUAACGGAGGAGAGCAGCGUCCUGCUCAGGUUUUAUGGUGUGCACCUGAGCCCAGACGCAGCAUCACACAUCAGGUUCACAGAGGACAGCGACGCGUUAAACAGGACUUGUGAGGAUUUCACCAAAGAUUUGAGCAUCAGUACCUUCAUGAACGUGAGCAGCAAAGGGACAUCAGGUCUGGUGAGUGUGUAUGUGAAGCCACUGCGUAAGAGUGAACGAGAAAAGACCUACAGCCUAUGUGUCAGGCAGGGUUUAGGAGACAAAUGGGUCCACCUGGGUGAAAAUGAUGGUAGAUUGUUAGUCGUAGAGGAGAAAGAAUCCCUUCUACCGCUUUGGCUCCAAAUCAUCCUGGUUUCAGGCUUGCUUGUGCUGUCUGGCAUGUUCAGUGGGCUCAACCUCGGGCUUAUGGCAUUGGAUCCAAUGGAGCUUCGCAUUGUGCAAAGCUGUGGCACUAAUAAGGAAAAGAAAUAUGCACGCAAAAUUGAACCAAUUCGAAGAAAGGGCAACUAUCUACUUUGCUCUUUAUUGUUGGGUAACGUGCUGGUCAACACAACCUUGACGAUCCUGCUAGAUGAUUUGAUUGGGUCCGGGUUGGGAGCCGUGGUGGCAUCUACUGUUGGCAUUGUCAUAUUUGGUGAAAUCGUGCCACAAGCUCUGUGCUCACGCCACGGUUUGGCCGUAGGCGCCAACACUAUCAUGUUAACCAAAUUUUUCAUGCUCCUGACCUUCCCCUUGUCGUUCCCCGUCAGUAAGCUUUUGGACUACAUUCUUGGGCAGGAAAUUGGCACCGUCUACAACCGCGAGAAGCUCGUGGAGAUGCUGAAGGUCACCGAACCCUACAACGAUCUGGUCAAGGAAGAGCUGAACAUCAUACAAGGUGCUCUGGAACUCAGAACCAAGACGGUUGAGGAUGUGAUGACGCCGCUGAGCAACUGCUUCUUGAUUCACACCGACGCCGUGUUGGACUUCAACACCAUGUCUGAGAUCAUGGAAAGCGGCUAUACGCGGAUACCCGUGUAUGACACUGAGCGCUCCAACAUCGUGGAUAUCCUGUACGUCAAAGACCUGGCCUUCGUCGACCCCGACGACUGCACCACGCUUAAAACGGUCACCAAGUUCUACAACCACCCGGUGCAUUUCGUCUUCCACGACACUAAGCUGGAUGCCAUGCUGGAGGAGUUUAAGAAAGGUAAAUCCCACCUGGCCAUCGUUCAGAAGGUGAAUAAUGAGGGCGAAGGAGAUCCGUUCUACGAGGUUCUGGGUCUGGUCACGCUGGAGGACGUCAUCGAGGAGAUCAUCAAAUCUGAGAUCCUGGACGAGUCUGAUCUCUAUACUGACAAUCGUAACAGAAAGAAAGUGGAUCCCGACAAAAACAAGAGGGACUUUUCUGCUUUCAAACAUGAGAGGGAAUCCAAGGUCAAGAUAUCGCCUCAACUAAUGCUGGCAGCGCAUCGUUUCCUCGCUACUGAGGUGAGCCUUUUCAGUUCGAUCCAGAUAUCAGACAAGGUCUUACUGCGAAUCCUCAAGCACCCGGAUGUCAUUCAGGAGAUCAAGUUCAACGAGAACGACAAGCGAUCGCAACAGCACUAUUUAUAUCAGCGCGGAAAACCUGUCGACUUUUUCGUCCUUAUCCUUCAGGGGCGGGUGGAAGUUGAGGCUGGAAAUGAGAAUAUGAAGUUUGAGACGGGUCCUUUCUCUUAUUAUGGAGUUAUGGCACUGACUGCACCAUGCCUGGCUGUCACCCCCCCUCUCUCUCCUUCAAUGGUGUCGCCUCGUCCGCGCCGCCUUUCGCUUAAGAGGUUUUCUCUGUUCUCGCGUUUCCCAGAGUUUCGCUCCCCGUCUCACGUGAGUGGUCUGAACCGCUCGGCGUCUCUGAGCUGCACAGAGAGAGUCGACUCUGUGUCCAUCAGCGGCAGCAGCGGUCAGCUCAAUACCAGCCCCUCGGCGCAGUACGUCCCUGAUUUUAACGUGCGGGCCCUCACUGACCUGCAGUAUGUGAAGGUCACUCGUUCACAGUACCAAAACGGCCUCCUGGCUUCAAAACUGGACAGCACGCCCCAGUCCCCAGAGAGCAGCCAUAUCCGCCUGGAUCCUGGCCCUCUACCGCCCCUGACCCCUCCCAUGUCCACCACCGCGAACCACACCACAGCGCCGCCGGCACCCAGAGAGAACGGGCCGGACGAGACCACCUCGCUGCUCAACGACAACAACAGCCUGUCCAAACACCACAACCACCUUCAGAACCAGUCGCACCUGAACACCAAUGCCAACUCCAACAGCAGCCUGGCGCUCCCCAACCCUCAGUCGCAUCGCACACACACCUUCACGCACGCACACACCGAGAGCACCAUUUGACCACACUGACCUGGGGCUCCGAGAGCUCCAGAGCUGACCACAAGCACAAAUACACUGAGCGAUGCAGAGGACAAAGGUCGUCUACAGCAUUGGACGUGAUCUCACUGUGAUUCUAGGGGCUGCGGGUUCGGCCUGACAUCGAGUGUGUCGUGGUGCAGACUGUUGGGUGUCUGCUAUUGCAUGCUGAUCCUGUAGAUACUCUCUCAAAGCUUUCGGCAUACAAGUGUGUUCGGUAUGCCUCAAAUACCGUUUAAAGGCAUUAUACAACACUUCAUCAGUAUCUAACAGAAUUAUUGUACGAUAUGCACUUUUUAUAAUAUCUCUGACCCAGCUGCAAACAUCUGCGUGCUGUUUUCCUGAGAUUUUAAGCAUAAGAGCACUUUGAGUCUCAUAAGCUAUUGUUGGACUAUCGUUUAGCACAUGUUCUGGUCUAGUUUUCCUGCUGUGUAGUGCUGUAUGAUUUUAACAAUUUUUUCGAAGUCGAAAGCAUCAAGACAAGGUUAUUUGGUAAGUGUGGCUACGUGAUGUAGCUGUAUGUGACGCAAUCGUAGCUCUGCGUGACAAACGUGAAGGGAAACUCUGUAAAUAUAGUUUGGAGACGUGAAAUUUGCUGACGCCGGAAGGGUUUGGAGAACCAGUCGUGCUCAGUUUGUGCUCAAAACUGAGACAUUUGUAGCAAAAAAAAGGCAUUGAGCAUUGACCACUGCAAAUCCAAAUCUGUGAUAUAGGAUUUCAAAAUAUUAUAUAAUAAUUUAUUCAUAUAUUUAUAUAUUUAUUUUUUUGUCUAAAGUAGUAUAUAUGUAUGUUUGAUUAAUAUUUUGUAUUUUAUUUUAAUUUUUUGACAACUAUAAUUCAUCCCCAUGGAUGAAUCUCACAAAAAUAUUAGUUAUAUUUCACAACAAAAUAUUUAAUCUUAAAAAAUAAAUCCUGUUUAUAACAUUAAGAAUUUUUGCAUCAUAUUAUGCAUUAUUUUAAUGAGAAUUUAGCUUGUUUUCUUCACAAAUUCUCAUUUAUAAUUCUCAUGAUCUUCAGUAGACAUGUAUUAAUGUACUACAAUUAUUUGUUCAUUUUAAUCAUAAAAAAGGUUUUAAAUACACUAAUAUAUCGCAAUAUAUAUAAAUAUUAAAAAAUCGCUUUAUACUAAUGAAAAUUAUAAAUAAUAUCACGAUGCAAAAAAUCUUAAUGGUCCUAAUUACAUAUUGAUUUUCAUUUUGAGGUGAAAUAUGAGCUGAGGUUUUGUAAGAUUCACCCAGUUCUUGAUCUCAAAGGCUAUGUCUGGGUUUUCCCAUCCUCGCAAACAGAUGCUUGAACACAAUUCACUGUAAACUGGAGUGAACUGGUUUUGAUUCUUGUGUUGUUUGUACGUGACCGAAUCUUCAGUUUCUCUUCCUGAAGUGUAAAGUCACUAGCACUGUUUAGUUUGUUAGAACUGUUCAGAGAGUUGAAAGUGAACAGAUUAUAGGUUACUUAAAGGAAUAGUUCAUCCAAAAACGUCAAAUUUACUCGAGCAAUCCAUUGUUUCUUCAUCAGAACAGAUUUGGAGAAAUUUAGCAUUGCAUCACUUGCUCAACCAAUGGAUCCUUUGCAGUGAAUGGGUGCCAUCAGAAUGAGAGUCCAAACUGUUUCUGUUGCUUUUCAUUUUACAAGACAUUAAUUGUUGGACUGAAGUGGUGUGGAUUACCAUGAUGUUUUUAUCAGCUGUUUGGACUCUCCUUCUGACGGCACCCAUUCACUUCAAAGGAUCCAUUGGUUGAACAAGUGAUGUAAUGCUACAUUCCUCCAAAUCUGUUUUCUGUUCCAGCAAAUUUCAGGUUCAAGCAAACUGCCCCUUUACCAAACAUAGGCUAUUCUACAUCUACUUGCAGUGACCAUAAAGCCGGUUUUGUACAGAGAUCACGUUUCGGAAGUCACAGUGAUUUUUCCAUUGUGUUCCUUUAAUGCUGAGCUGACAUUAGAAACCAUAUUUAAAACUUAUUCAGAUAUAUUCAUACUGUAAGUACGCCGUGCAGUGCAUGCAUGAAGCUUUCAGUGUUAAAGUGACAGAGUAUUAGAAAUAACUACAGAGAAGAAUAGCAUUAGAUUGAUUGAUUAUUUAUGUUUUUUCAUUGAACAGUAUGAAUUUGACUUUGUCCAACUAGAGUAGGAUGAUUUAAUCGUUAUUUAUAAAUGUUUUGUUGCCUUUAUGAGAGAUUUAAACCUGAAGCAAUAAAUGGGUCUGUCUUUUUUUAAGAUGUUUAAUGUACAAUUGCACAGUGAGAGAAGAAAUUAGUUGCAUUUUACCUCAACUGACAUUUAUCGUAUGUGAAAUUUGAGUUGUAUUUACUUCAACUUCAACCAAAACGUGGGCAUUGCGCUUUAAACGCUAUACUGAGGCGUAACGUGUUACAUCAUGACCAAAGUUGCAACACUACAUGGAAUUAAAUUUGUGAGUGAACACAACAGCCAAAGCCUUCUGCACUUUGAUUUGUCCAUUUAAAUCCCAUGUUCCUCUCUGUGUUGCACAGGGACUCUGUUUGUGAGGAACUAAUUAAAUUCCUUUGAGCGAGGCGCUUGGAUUUCAAUCCAGCUCACUAAUCUGCUUUUAAUGUUCAUGGAAGUUUCUUCUGAGGAACUCAACGGGAGAGAUGCUGUGCAGGGUCUCCUGUUUGAUAAUUAGACCACAGUUAAAGAUUAUAAAUGUGUGUUUUCAGGAAGCGUCUGCAUUUAUUUAUUUACUUGUCAGGGUCAUGUCCUAUACUGGCCUUUCAAACAGUUCAGGGUAUUGUAUUGCAUACUAAGUAAGCACACUUUGUUCUGGGUUCACUAUAAAGAGUGAAAACACACUGUCUUCCAUUAAAAAGCCAUGUGAAAUACAGAAAAAAAAGAUUCUAUGAUUCGUUUGUAAGCGGGGUUAGUUAUUUUUUGUCAUAUUUACUUUUUAAAACAUCACAACAAACUGUGUUUUUCGUUUUCUCUAAAGUUGCUUUCUUCACAGGGAAAUGCAAAGGCAUAGGCCUAUGUACUGUACUUCCCAGGAACACGGUCGUAUUUAAAGCAAUCUGUGUAGAAUAUUUUGUAUUUAUGUCGAGUUCUGAUGAUGUAAAUGGUAAAUCUAAAUAUUUCUCUAUUAAAACACCUCUUUGGCUCA